UCGUGUUAGAGGAUUGUAGAAAAUCCGAGAGGUGUGAUGCUCUUUCCACUUUUCAGUGAGAAAAAACACACAGGAUUGUCUAGUGAUGAAAAAUCUUUGUCUUGUGUUUGUCUUUACUAAGACUCUCUUGUUCUUUUUUCAUAUCUCCAGUGCAGCUGACUCCAUAUCACGGUUCCAAUCACUUUCUGAAGGAAAGACCUUAGUUUCUGAAGAUGGAUACUUUGAAUUGGGUUUCUUCAGUCCAGCAAGUUUUGCAAACCGUUACUUGGGAAUAUGGUACAAGCAUAUACCAGUUAAGACUGUUGUUUGGGUUGCCAAUGGAGCCAACCCUGUGAAAGACAACUCUAGCAUCUUGCAUAUAAACAGUGAAGGGAAUCUUGUUCUUGUUAACCAUGAUUUGAUUGUGUUUUGGUCAGCAGAGUCCAGAAAGAAGGUUCUGGUUCUGAAUCCCAUUGUUCAGCUCUUAAAUUCUGGGAAUUUAGUACUGAGAGAUGAGAGAGAUGAAGAUCCUGAAAACUACAUGUGGCAAAGCUUUGAUUAUCCUUCUGAUACAUUACUACCAGGAAUGAAGUUGGGUUGGGACUUAAAAACAGGUCUUGAAUGGCGUGUAUCUUCUUGGAAGAACUGGGAUGAUCCAUCACCUGGAGACUUUUCUUGGGGUAUCUCACUUGAAGGUUUUCCUCAAAUAAUUAUGUGGAAAGGCUCAAAAGAGUACUACCGUGGUGGAUCUUGGAAUGGCCUUGGAUUCACUGGCGCCCCAGAAUUGAAGAACAAUCCUGUUUUUGAGUUCAAGUUUGUCUCCAACAAGGAUGAAGUGUACUACACAUACAACCUUAGGAAUAAGUCAAUAAUUUCAAGGAUUGUUAUGAACCAAACCAUUAGCACUCGCCAGAGGUACAUAUGGAUUGAAGAAGCUCAAUCUUGGAGGCUUUAUGCAUCUGUGCCUAGAGAUAACUGUGACUCGUAUAAUCUUUGUGGACCAUAUGGAAAUUGCAUCGUAGGUGACUCGCCAGUGUGCCAGUGUUUAGAAGGGUUUAAGCCAAGAUCACAAGGAAACUGGGACACCAUGGAUUGGACUACAGGAUGUUUACUCACUGAACAAUUGAGCUGUGAGGAUAGGAGCAAACAUGGGUUUUUGAAAUUUAGUGGGCUGAAAUAUCCUGAUACUUCACAUUCUUGGGUCAAUGAGAGUAUGAAUCUCAAUGAAUGCAGGGUUAGAUGCUUAGAGAAUUGUUCAUGUAAAGCUUAUGCAAAUUCAGAUAUGAGAGGAGGAGGUAGUGGCUGUUUGAUGUGGUUCGGUGACCUCAAGGAUAUCAGACAAUUUUCUAGAAGUGGUCCGGAUCUAUAUAUUCGAAUGAAAAUUUCAGAGUUAGCCUUGAAAGAAAAACACAAGAAUAAGGUGGUAGCAAUAAUCAUCAUGAUCUCCUCAGUUCUUAUGGUGAUUCUGGCCUUGCUCUAUGUUGUCAAGAGAAUGAAAAAGUUAAGAGCUAAUGAAACAGAGAGAAACUUAAUGGCAGAGAAUAAUGAUGAAGGCGAUAGAGAAGACUUGGAGCUUCCUUUCUUUGACCUUGCUACGAUUAUCAAAGCAACUAAUGGCUUCUCAAUUAACAAUAAGCUUGGAGAAGGUGGAUUUGGGGCUGUAUACAUGGGUACCCUACCAGAUGGACAAGAAAUUGCUGUGAAGAGGCUCUCACAAUGUUCUGGACAGGGGUUUAAUGAAUUUAAGAAUGAAGUCAUAUUGAUUGCAAAACUUCAGCAUCGAAACUUGGUUAAGCUUCUUGGUUGUUGCAAUGAAGGAGAGGAGAAGAUGCUGAUCUAUGAAUACAUGCCUAACAAAAGCCUAGACUCCUUUAUCUUUGAUCAUGCAAAAGGUAAAGUUUUAGAUUGGUCUAAGCGCUUCAACAUUAUAUGUGGAAUUGCCCGAGGACUUCUAUAUCUUCAUCAAGAUUCUAGGUUGAGGAUAAUACAUAGAGAUCUUAAAGCAAGUAAUGUCUUACUUGACAAUGAGUUGAACCCAAAAAUAUCCGAUUUUGGCAUGGCUAGAACUUUUGGGGGAGAUCAAACUGAAGGAAACACAAGGAGGGUUGUUGGAACAUAUGGUUAUAUGGCACCUGAAUAUGCCAUUCAUGGGCUAUUCUCAGUUAAAUCUGAUGUCUUCAGCUUUGGUGUAUUACUGUUGGAGAUAAUAAGUGGAAAGAAGAACAGAGGAUUUUCCAACUCAAAUAACAAUAUAGACCUUAUUGGACAUGCAUGGAGAUUUUGGACAGAAAGAAGACCAUUGGAUUUGAUAGAUUCAUGCAUGGAGAAUUCAUCUGUUCUAUCAGAAGCGUUGCGUUGCAUCCAUAUCAGUCUUCUGUGUGUCCAACAGCAUCCUGAGGAUAGACCAAGUAUGUCAACUGUGGUUGUGAUGUUGAGUAGUGAGGGUGCCUUGCCUCAACCUAAGGAACCUGCUUUCCUUAUGGAGAAGUACUUUCUUGAAGGUGAUUCUUCUAAGAAGCAGAAGUUUUCGUCAACCAAUGAAAUAAGUUUAACCAUGUUAGAGCCCCGAUAGUGGACCAUUUACCUAACCUCAUCUAAUCUAUUGUGAACGUUUUGCAUGCUAAUUUAGCACCUGCUUCAUCUAGUUUCAUGCACAUGAUGGAAAGUAGAUGCAAAAUUUGUAUAUCUAUGGUUAGGUAUUUCAUUGCUUCUUUGAUUUCUGAUGUACUAAGUAUGAAAUAUCAAAUGUGGUUGGUU